AUGACGCGAACCCUCUUGGUGGCGCUCGCUAGCGCAUCAAUCGUCUUUGCCUACUGGGAUACGCCAACAGGAGAGUAUCGCCCGUUCGGGCCUGGUUACAGUCGAGGCGCAUACCCUCAAGACUAUGGGGUGACGGGACCGCCUAUACAGGGAGUGCACGACUCGCAGCAAGCGCCGACAGGUCUAGCUGUAGACCUGGAGCACAACAUUUACCUCACCUAUCCUCGCAACACUGGCCAGACACCUAGCAACGUCGUGAUAUGCACAUCCUUCAAUGGCGAGAAGCCGUGGCCCAGUGCCGACAUCCAGAACUGUACGCAAGGUCAAGAUCCAUCACAAUGCUUCAUCAAUGUUCAGAACGUGGUGCUGGACUCCAUCGGUCAGCUUUGGGUUGUCGACAGUGGUAUCCCUUACUACGCCACACCAGGGAGCGACGCUAUUAAUGGAGGAGCUAAGAUCAUGUCUUUCAACCAAACUGGCGAACACCUUCGGACGUAUGUCAUACCACAAGAUCUGUUGGCUCACGGCAUGAAUGCGAAUGAUGUACGGAUCAACAACACGCUUGGAACGAAUGGGUGGGCAUUUAUUACUGAUGAAUCUACAAACUCUUCAGUCCUGGCUGUCAACUUAGACGAUGGCAGUGCAGUGAGGCGCCUUUUCAACACGUCUGUGGUUAGAGCAGAUCCUGGCUACGUCGGUUCCUACGACAGCGAACUCAUCUACUGCUGGAACAAAACAGAGAAAGGCUACUGUACCACAGGAGCGGAUGGCAUCGCUCUCGCUAGUGGACAAGUCUUCUGGGGUGUCUUGGCAUCGAGAAGAUUCUACUACCUCUCCCAAGAAACCCUCAUCGAUAGCAGCCUGACCGAUGAACAAGUCCUCGCCGCCGUUCAAGAUCCUGGACAAUGCGGUUCGGAGCAAGCUGGAUUCACGGCGGACGAUCGCGGCAGAGUGUACAUUUUCGCAAGCGAGCAAAACGCCAUCUACUACGUCGACACUUUACAAUCGGAACUUGAGAUGCCAGUCGAUGAUGUAAAGCCUGGAGGGUCGGGACUCAUCCCGGCGAAAGAUUAUGUGGUAAAGACGUUGGUGCGCAACGCUAUGAUUCAGCAUGCUGAUUCGGGCGCGAUUUUGGAUGGCUGGCUUUACUUCUGCACGAACCAACUGGAGUUGAGUCCGGGCAGGCAAUACAACAACACUGAUGCCAGGAGAGGUCCGUUCAGGAGCUUUCGUGUGUGGGUAGGGCGAGGGCCGGCGGUGUAA